ACAAAUGCUGAAACUCAAACCAACGCAGUUGUUGAAACAACACUUUGCUUAUUCUCAUCAUCAAUUCUUAUCUAAUUCAACUUCGAACUACCUUAACUGUCACUUAGACUCCUUCCUCUCCUCCAACGCUUCUUCUUCAUCUCUCCGAUCCCUUCUUCAAUCCCAUGCUCUCAUUAUCGCCACCGGCAACUCAAACGACAACAUUUUCAUAUCCUCAAAGCUCAUCUCUUUGUACGCCUUUUUCAACAAACCUCGUCGUUCCACCAGGGUUUUUGAGUCAAUUCCCAUCUCGAAAAAGGAUGUUUUCCUUUGGAAUUCGGUCAUCAAAUCCCAUUUCUCCACUGGGAACUACUCUGAAUCUUUUGGGUACUAUCUUAAAAUGAGGUUGUCCAAUACUCUUCCUAAUGAUUUCACUAUCCCCAUGGUUGUUUCCGCUUGUGCUGAGCUGAGGUGGGACGUUUGUGGCAGAUAUGUUCAUGGGUUGGUCUUGAAAUCUGGUCUUUUCGUGGUGAAUUCUGCGGUUGGGUCCUCUUUUGUGUUUAUGUAUGCAAAGUGUAGUUCAGCGGGGGAUGCUCGUCUUGUGUUCGAUGAAAUGAUUGUUAAAGAUGUGGUUACGUGGACGGCUCUUGUAAUUGGGUAUGUACAAAAUGGGGAAAGUGAGAAGGGUUUGGAAUGUCUUUGCGACAUGCAUAGAGUCGGAGAGGAUGGUGAAACGAGGCCAAAUUUUAGGACAUUGGAAGGUGGUCUUCAGGCUUGUGGAAAUUUGUGUGCUUUGGACGAGGGCAAGUGCUUACAUGGUUUUGUGGUGAAAACUGGACUUGGGUUUUAUCCGCUUGUUCAAUCUUCGAUUUUUUCUAUGUAUUCUAGGUGUGGGAGUGUUAGGGAUUCAUCUGCUUCAUUUUGUGAAGUUGUUGAUAAAGAUAUUAUCUCAUGGACAUCGAUUAUCAGUGUGAAAGCUAGAUUUGGGUUUAUGAAGGAAUGCUUAGAUAUGUUUUGGGAAAUGCAAGUUGAUCGUUUACGUGCAGAUGGAAUUUUGAUUAGUUCCAUUGUUUCAGGUUUCGGAAAUUUCAUGAAUGUACGUGAAGGGAAGGCAUUUCAUGGAUUGAUCAUAAGGAGGAAUCUUUUGUUAGAUAAGCUGGUUCUUAAUGCACUUUUAUCCAUGUACUGCAAGUUUAGACUCCUAUCUACCGCAGAGAAGCUCUUCAACAUAAUAGGUUACAAUAGAAAAGAGUCUUGGAAUAUAAUGGUUCAUGGAUACUGUAAGACGGGACAAGAAGCAAAAGCUAUAGAAUUGUUUAAGAAGAUGCAACAACAUGGGAUUGAGGUUGAUUCAAACAGCCUGGUUUCCGUUAUCUUUUCAUGUUCUCAACUUGGAGCAAUCCGUGUUGGCCGCUCGCUUCAUUGCCAGAUAGUUAAAAGUUACAUGGCUGACAACAUUUCGGUUGCUAAUUCUCUCAUAGAUAUGUAUGGGAAAAGUGGAAACUUGACCAUUGCACGGAGGAUCUUUAAUCAAACGCAGAGAGAUGUUAUCACAUGGAACACAAUGAUGUCAGCCUAUUCUUGUUCUGGACAUUUAUCUGAGGUUAUUGCCUUGUUUGAUCAAAUGCUUUUGGGAAAUUUGGCGCCCAACAUGGCAACAUUGUUAACCGUGCUUUCCGCUUGUUCUCAUCUCGCAUCAUGGGAGAAAGGGGAAAGGAUUCAUUGUUACAUCAAGGAAGGAGGCUAUGAGCUCUGUCAAUCUCUUGCUACUGCGUUGAUUGACAUGUACGCAAAGUGUGGGCAAAUAGAGAAAUCGAGAGAGCUAUUCAUCUCAAUGAAAGAGAAGGAUGUAGUUUCUUGGAAUGUGAUGAUUUCAGGUUAUGCGAUGCAUGGAGAUGCUAAAUCAGCACUACAGAUUUUCCAGCAGAUGGAAGAAUCAAAUGCUAAACCGAAUGAUGUUACCUUUCUUUCUCUUCUCAAUGCUUGUUCUCAUGCAGGCCUUGUAAAAGAAGGGAAGUUUUUAUUCGGUAGAAUGGAACAUUAUUCCAUAAAGCCGAAUUUGAAGCAUUAUGCUUGCAUGACAGACCUUCUUGGCAGAUCGGGUAAUCUUCAGGAAGCUGAAGCCCUGGUUAUGUCAAUGCCCAUCUCUCCUGAUGGGGGUGUCUGGGGAGCUCUGUUAAGUGCUUGUGUUGUUCACAAUGAAAAUGAAAUGGCAAUAAGGAUAGCAAAGCGAGUAAUUGAUUCUGAUCCCGAGAACGAUGGCUACUACAUAUUGAUUUCCAACGUGUAUACUUCUAUGGGGUGGUGGGAGGAGGCACAGCGGACCAGAGAAAUGAUGAAGGAAAGAGGUGUAGGAAAAAAAACUGGUUGGAGUGCAAUAUAA